CCGCCCGGUGAUCCUAACGAUCCCGAAGUCCCCUCGCGCUCAUUCACAUCCGCUCUUCUAAACUUCUAUCAUGGCGCUCUUCACCCUAACUCCUCUCUUCACCCAUCAAAACCCUAACCCUAACCCCCAAAUCCGUGCUAAAAAUCCCAAAUUUAGAAGCAUUCGAGCUUCUGUAAGGGCCAAUUCGGGCGAUUCUCCUCCGGAUUCGACGAGGCUGGUCACUUUUUUAGGCAAGGGAGGCUCUGGAAAGACCACCGCAGCAGUUCUCGCUGCCAAGUAUUAUGCAAAGGAAGGAUUACGUACAUGCUUAGUUAUACAUUCUCAAGACCCUACUGCAGAGCAACUCAUCGGUUGUAAGAUUGGGGCUUCUCCGAGAAUGUAUUCUGACAACUUCUCCGCUGUUCGAUUGGAAACCAGUAAAAUGCUUCUUGAGCCUCUUGAGCGGGUAAAGAAAGUGGAUGCCCGUCUAAAUUUGACUCAAGGGAUUCUCGAAGGGGUUGUGGGAGAAGAACUUGGGGUCUUGCCUGGUAUGGAUUCCAUUCUCUCGGCAUUAGCACUAGAGAAAUUGGUGAGUUUUCUUCCCAGUGAAAGAUAUAGUACAAAAAGAGAGUUCGAUAUUGUUGUCUAUGACGGCAUUAGUACUGAGGAUACACUGAGGCUGAUUGGAGCAACUGAAAGAGCCAAAUGGUAUUUGAAAUAUAUACGAAGCAUGGCUGAGAAGACCGACAUUGGAAGAGUGACUUCUCCUUCUUUAUUGAAACUAGCAUAUGAAUCAGCAAGGUCAAAUUAUGGGUCCAGUGACGGGAAAACAAGCACGGAUAUAUGGAGUGAUAUCGAACAAAUCCUAGAGAAGGCAUCUGUCUCCUUUGGUGAUUCAUCAAAGAUUGGAUGCUAUCUUGUAAUAGAUCCAAGUAGACCAGUGUCAUUAAUAUCUGCAUUGCGUUACUGGGGUUGUGCAAUCCAAGCUGGAACUCAAAUUUGUGGUGCAUUUGGGUUUGCUUCACAAUCUUCUAUGGCUAAAGAGGAAGUUGCUGAGAAGAUCUCACCCUUAGACUAUGCACUUGUGCCGUAUUUCACCGCAGAUUCUUCUAUGGAUUGGGAUGCAAUCCUCAAUUCCCUAAGCUUAGAUGCAAAACAAAUGUUUCGUUCUGCGAAUAAUCCUAAUCAAGCAUCAGUUAAAUUUGAUUCCACUAAAAAGUCAGUGACUCUUUUCAUGCCAGGCUUUGACAAGUCGGAAGUAAAGCUAUAUCAGUAUAGAGGAGGCUCAGAGCUACUGGUAGAAGCUGGUGAUCAAAGAAGAAUCAUUCGAUUGCCUGCUGGCAUGCAAGGUAAGGUUGGAGGUGCCAAAUUCAUCGAUAGAAACCUUGUCGUAACAUUGCGAUAAUGCAUUUUUUUUCCCUACCUCGUGUUUGUGGACAAAGAUUCUAGAGAGUACCUUAUAUAGAGGAAAAACCAUUCCCUCUUGUUGUACUUCUUUUUGAGGGAAAAAAGGAACUUUCUGAUCUGAACUUCUGUUCUAAAGUGGAGGGGUAAUAUCAAGUCAUUUAGGAGUUUUAUAGUGUGCGAUUCUUGUAGUAAACGUCUACGGUUAUCACAUGAACGUAUUGAAGAUGAGGCAACUUCUUUUGCCGUCAAUUGAAGAAUGAAGUUCAAUGUUUAUUC